AUGCCAAGAACAAAGAAGCAAAGUAAAUUAUCCAGACGAAAGAAGCAGAAAGAGUUGAUGUCUGCAUUGAGAGAGAAAAGAGACAUAAGUGAUGACUCUAACCUCAAUGCAGAUUGUUUUCCUGAUGUAAUGGAAGAGAUAUCCAUUGCAGAUGAUGGAAAGUCAAAUGAUAGAAAUGUCGGGCUUUUUCCAGAUGUAGUGGAAGAGAUAUCCAGUGCAGAUGAUGGAAAUGUCAGCCCCACAAAUGUGAUGAAUUCAGAUGUAUUGGAAGGAAAUCCUUCUGUUACAGAUGAUAAAAAAAUGGGUGAAAACUUGAAAAAAUAUUUUAAAUUUGAAGAAAAGCAGACACAAGCGAUUCGACUGAAAGGGUUAAAUUCGGAUCAAGAAAACAGUCGAAAGAGGUAUUAUAAAGAAUGCAAAAAUUUGAGAAGAGCUGAUCCUGAAUUCAGAGCAGCUGAAAGAAAAAGUGAAGUCUGUCAUAAACAGACAAAACGAGCUGAUCCCGAAUUCAGAGCAGCUGAAAGAAAAAGUGAAGUCUGUCAUAAACGGACAAAACGAGCUGAACCUGAAUUCAAGUCAGCUGAAAAUUUGAAAGGAACUCCUAACAAGGGGAGAAAAAGAAAUGAAGAUCCUGAUUACAGAGAUUUGAAGAAAGAGGUUGGAGCUCAAAGAGCCAAAAGAGCUGAUCCUGCUGUAAGAAAAGCUGAAAGAGAAAGGGAAGUCUAUGGUAAACAGCCUAAGAGAGCUGAUCCUAAAUUCAGAGCAGCUGAAAGAGAAAGGGAAGUCUAUGGUAAACAGACUAAGAGAGCUGAUCCUAAAUUCAGAGCAGCUGAAAGAGAAAUGGAAGUCUAUGGUAAACAGACUAAGAGAGCUGAUCCUAAAUUCAGAGCAGCUGAAAUAGAAAGAGAAGUCUAUGAUAAACAGACUAAGGGAGCUGAUCCUAAAUUCAGAGCAGCUGAAAGAGAAAGUGAAGUCUAUGGUAAACAGACUAAGAGAGCUGAUCCUGAAUUCAGAGCAGCUGAAAAUUUUAAAGGAACUCCCAACAAGAGGAGAAAAAGAAUUGAAAAUCCUGAUUACAGAGAUAUGAAGAAAGAGGUUGGUGCUAAAAGAGCUGAUCCUGAUUUCAGGGAAGCUGAAAGAAAAGACGAAAAUGUGUCAAAACUGUUUCGAAGACAGAAUAAAGAAAUGUCAUCAACUGAUGAAUUAAUUGCUGAAUUUAAUAAAAAAUAUUGA